UCCUCACACUAUCACACUUAAAUGUGGAAAUCACACACACCAAAUCACUUAAAACCCAAAAACAAAAUCCAAGUACCAAAAAGAAAAAACCCAACUUUUUAAUUUUCCACAUCCUCCAUAAAUAAUAACUCUCCUUAGACCCCACCAACAAUAAAUUCUCCUCCCAUUAAUUUCAUAAAUUUCAUUUCCACACUAAUACUAUUCUUAUAUCUUCAUCUUCAUCUUCUUCUUCUUCAUCGUCUACUACUAACUUAUAAAUUCCACCACAAUCUUUCUCUCUCUCUCCUCACGUGACACAGCAUGCCGACGUGCGGUGACGUAGACGAGAUGGCACGUGCAGUCACGUGUCGAAACAGCACGUCGGCGUCUCAAAUAAAGCUAAUAUCGACGCUUGUAAUCUUCCUUACAAGCGUCGCCGGAAUUUCAAUUCCCGUCGUUUUAGCAAAAUCAUUCGCCGGAAAACCAGUGUACGACAAGGCUAUUUUGGUAAUUAAAUGCUACGCAGCAGGGGUAAUCUUGUCCACUUCUUUAGUCCACGUUUUACCCGACGCAUUCGACGCGCUUGGAGAUUGCGUGGUGUCCACGCGCCACCCUUGGAAGGACUUUCCUUUUGCUGGUCUCGUUACGCUUAUCGGGGCGUUAUUGGCCUUAUUAGUGGACCUCGCCGCCAACUCGUCUCACGCGGAGUUACACGCGCGGGGCGGGUAUACCCGGCUCGACGAGCCGGGGCAUUGCCAUGGUGGAAGUGAGGGGAAGGUGGAGAUGGUAGUAGUGGUGAGAGAGAAUGGCGAGGUGGAGGAGAGAGAAAAUAAUAAGGUAGCGAUUGCAGUAGCGGAUAAAGAGAGGGAGACUGCGGAGUUGGAGGAAAUGAGAGAGAAAAUGAGACAAAGGAUGGUGUCACAAGUGUUGGAAAUCGGGAUUAUAUUUCAUUCUGUGAUUAUAGGUGUUACUAUGGGUAUGUCUCAAAAUGUUUGUACUAUUAGACCACUUGUGGCUGCUCUUUCUUUUCAUCAGAUUUUUGAAGGUAUGGGACUUGGUGGUUGCAUUGCUCAGGCGGGUUUCAGCUUCAAGACAACCGCCUACAUGUGCUUCAUGUUUUCAGUGACAACGCCGGUUGGUAUAAUUUUGGGGAUGAUAAUUUUCGCAGUAACAGGGUACGAUGAUAGCAGCGCUAACGCGUUAAUUUCUGAAGGUCUGUUAGGCUCUCUAUCAUCAGGUAUACUCAUAUACAUGGCUCUAGUAGAUCUCAUAUCUGCAGAUUUCUUCCACAACAAGAUGAUGAGCUCAGAGGCGAAGAUGAAGAAGGGUUGUUAUAUUGCUCUUGUUCUUGGUUCUGCAUCUAUGUCAAUACUUGCCCUUUGGGCUUGAAAUGUUUGUACAUAAACUGUAACUUAUGAAGAAGGGUUGUUAUAUUGAUCUCA